AUGUCAACGCCAUCCACGGCCACCGCAACCCAUACCACGCACCAGCAUUACGGAUAUCCCCAUUCCUCAUACCAGGCAGCGACAUCCUAUCCCGCCACGACCACCGCUACGGGCGCUCGCCUUCCCAACCCCUACGGCUACCCGGUUCCUUCGCCUACAACCACCACCCUUCCCUACACGCAAUCCACGAGAGUCGUCCCAUCGUUGGCGGCACCCUCGGGGAUGGCGUCUCACCAGAGUGACUCGAGUGCGGCCCCCUCGCAAGGAGGCCGCAGGAAGAAGCCUGACUGGGGCGAAUUCUACAAGAAUGGCAUACCCAAGGAGGUCAUUGUGAUCGAUGACAGCCCUGCCCCAGAGGCUGCAAAAGCACCGCCCGCGCCUCCUCAUGCCUCUUCCGCUGCACAGCCUGCCGUACCCCAACCUGCCGGUAAGCGACGACGGACCGGACUCGAGACGGCAUAUGAUCUCGGAUACUAUGACCGACCGACCUUCUCUACAAACCCUCAGCAGUACGGUGAUAAUUCGUCGCACUCCUUGUCGACCGACCGAACUACUUCUUUGCAUACCACGGCCCCCACAUCAUUGGGCUCGCAAGGUAGCUCGGGCGUGAGCAACGGUGUAAAUGGUGCGAACGGCGUAUACAGUGAAGACGCCACCGUGGGCCAAAAGCGCAAACGGACCACCCGGAAAUCUGCUCGCGACGAGCAGAAGCGACGAGAGGAGGAGACUCCUCCAAUCAAGGCUAAAGAUGUACCUGUUCCCGUGAUCCGCGAUUUCACGAGCUCGCGCCACGAAAAGUUCGACGACGACGAUGGUCACUACGUCGUCACCCCUGACACACCAUUGACAGAUCGAUACUCUGUGAUCAAACUCCUGGGCCAGGGAACCUUUGGCAAAGUCGUCGAAGCGUAUGACAAACAGCGCAAAGCGCGCUGUGCUGUGAAAAUCAUUCGCUCCGUCCAAAAAUACCGUGACGCCUCCAGGAUCGAAUUGCGCGUAUUGUCCACACUGGCCUCAAAUGAUAAAUCCAAUCGCAACAAAUGCAUCCACUUGCGGGAUUGCUUUGAUUUCCGGAACCACAUCUGCAUCGUGACAGAUCUGCUAGGUCAGAGUGUUUUUGAUUUCUUGAAGGGCAACGGGUUUGUUCCCUUCCCAAGCAGUCAGAUCCAGCAGUUUGCUCGCCAGCUUUUUACCAGCGUUGCCUUCCUCCACGACCUCAACCUCAUCCACACCGACCUGAAACCCGAAAAUAUUCUUCUCGUUAGCAACGCCUACCAGACCUUCACUUACAACCGUACCAUUCCUUCUUCCUCUCACGCGAACCCUCGAAAUGCCCGCCAAAGACGAGUCCUUCUCGACAGCGAGAUCCGGCUGAUCGACUUUGGCUCUGCUACAUUCGACGACGAAUACCACUCCUCUGUUGUGUCCACACGGCACUACCGGGCGCCUGAAAUCAUCCUUAACCUGGGCUGGAGUUUCCCGUGCGAUAUUUGGAGUAUUGGGUGCAUUCUGGUGGAAUUUUUCACCGGUGACGCGCUCUUCCAGACGCACGACAACCUCGAGCACCUGGCAAUGAUGGAAGCAGUGAUUGGUAGCAAGAUCGACGCAAAGUUGGUCCGACAGGUGAUUCAAGGACGAGCCGGAAGCAAUAACAACUCGGCUGCGAAGUAUUUCCAACGGAGCAAGCUGGACUAUCCGAAUGCUGAAACGACUCGCGCUUCGCGAAAGUACGUUCGGGCCAUGAAACCGUUGACUGAGUUUAUUCCCAUGAACACCCCAUUCAAUCGUAACUUCCUGGAUCUGCUGCAGCGUAUCUUUGUCUAUGACCCGAAGCAGCGCAUCACUGCCAAACAGGCAUUGAAGCAUCCCUGGUUCAAGGAAAGCCUGAUCGACGACGGUACCGAAGCGUACCGCAUCGGCGCUGGCCUGCACCGCCCAGGACGUGGCUAG